UAGGUUUUGAAAAACAUUGCCCUUUUGUUUUGCUACGAUGAAAAUGAGAUCUUUCUUAAGCAUUACUCUUCUCCUAUUAGCUUUUCUUGUGGCCGCGGCCGGUGCCAAAAAAAGUAAAGCUCCCGUCAAGCCGGUUGGUCUAAUACCAGACUACUAUAAGGUUACUGGUACCUGUCGACAAGCCGAACAACUUGUGAAACAAGUUGUACAGGAGAAAGUACGAAAUGAUUCGACUUUGGGUGCUAAGCUUCUCCGCGUGCAUUACCAUGAUUGUUUCGUCAAAGGUUGUGAUGCAUCGAUACUUUUGAACACCGUGGGAACAAAUCAAUCCGAAAAAGAUGCACGCCCCAAUCUAUCACUGGGUGGGUUCGAAGUUAUAGAUGAAAUCAAGACUCGAAUUGAGAAAGUUUGCACCCAAAAAGUGUCUUGUGCCGAUAUUCUCGCACUUGCCGCACGUGAUGCUGUCUCUUUUCCGUUCAAGAAGCCAUUAUGGGACGUUCUGACAGGCAGAAAAGAUGGUAGGGUUUCUCUAAUCUCCAAUGUCAACGGCAAUUUACCCUCACCAUUUUCAGAUUUUGCAACCCUUCGAACCAUUUUCUCCGAUAAGGGCCUAGACAUAAAUGAUCUCGUCGCAUUAUCAGGUGCGCACACCAUCGGAGUAUCGCACUGCGGCUCAUUCUCGCGGCGGCUGUUCAACUUCACGGGGAAAGGGGACGCGGACCCGUCGCUGGAGCCGGCCUACGCGGAGUUCCUGAGGAAGCAGUGCCCGAACCCGGCGAGUCCAGCGACGGUGGUGGGCAUGGACCCCAACAGCACACUCACCUUCGACACGCACUACUUCACCGCCCUGAAGAAGCACCAGGGGCUUUUCCAGUCCGACGCCGCCCUCCUCACGAACGCCACCUCCGCGGACAUCGUGCGCCGGUUCCAGUCACGGGACUCGUUUUUCAAGCAGUUCGCCAAGUCCAUGGUCAAAAUGGGCGCAAUCGAGGUGCUUCUCGGAGAUGCCGGCGAGAUCAGAAAGGAUUGCCGCUUCAUUAAUUAAUCCGGCCAUGUCAUUUUCAGGGAUAAAUAAUUUCCUCUACUAUAAUAAUUUAUUGUAUUCAAAUUUCUAAUUGCUUUAUACUCAUUAGAGUUAGUUGGAUUCAAUAGACUAGUUG